AUGUCUCUUUUUCUUUGCUGCACAGGGUUGGGCACAACGGUGCAGACCAAGGUACAUGGUACACUGGGCAGAGUAUGGAGAGACAGUGUUGUGCGUGUAUCAGAUACCUACUUCUUGGCGCGAAAUCGAAACUCGAUCUCUCUCUUUCUCGACCUUGUUAGUCUGGCGCUCGCAUAUCUGCAUUACCUCUCUUACAGCUCUCCGCUUUUUCGAUUGACUAGCUCCUAG